AUGUUAUCAGCGGUGCCUAAACAGAAAUGGAUUCCCAAAUCAGACGUGAAGGCACCCAUAACAGUAACUUCUUCUUCUCUUACUGUUGUUCAAGCUGGUCUUAGCCCUCUUUCUGAGAUCCCUAAGGUGGCGCCUUCUAUUUCAAAGGUCUCCGAUGGAGGUCCAACUAGUCUGUGUGUCGAAGACAUUCGGUCCACAAGGGAUCAGCUAGUUGAUCCUCCUUUUCCUCCUCCUCCUGGUUGGGGUGCGAUGUCCAAUAAGGAGAAGAAGAAGCAAUUAAAAAUGAAUACUGAGGCUGAGAGAAGGUCUCUUUGGGAUGAUAUUACAAGGUUGUCUGCUUCCUCUCCUCUUUGUAAUUCUCCAUGGCUUGUUGUUGGAGACUUUAACCAAAUUGCUUCUGUCACAGAGCAUUACUCUCUCAUGCCGUCUAAUAUUUCCUUACAAGGCUUGGAGGACCUGCAAGCUUGUAUGAGAGACAGUGACCUUGUGGAUCUACCGUGUAGGGGUGUGCUGUACACUUGGUCUAAUCACCAGCAAGAUAAUCCAAUUCUAAGGAAGCUUGAUAGAGCCAUUGUUAAUGGUUGUUGGCUUGCUACCUUCCCAACGGCGUCUGCUAUCUUUGACCCUCCUAGCGACUCUGACCACGCAGCGUGUAUGGUCAUUCUCAAUAACUCUCCGCCUCUUUCAAAAAAGAAAAGUUUCAAGUACUUUUCUUUCUUAUCGACGCAUCCGGAUUUUAUCUCUUCUAUUUUGGCUGCGUGGCAGAAGGAGAUAGCUGUGGGUUCUUUCAUGUUUUCCUUAGGAGAACUCUUAAAAGAGGCUAAGAAGGCCUGUAGAGGUCUGAAUAGACGUGGCUUCAGUAAUAUUCAAGCUCAAUUGAUGUCCAAUCCGUCUGACUUCUUAUUCAGGGCUGAACAUGUUGCCCGCAAAAAUUGGAAUUUCUUCGCUGCUGCUCUGGAAUCCUUUUACAAACAGAAGUCCAGAAUCAAAUGGUUAAAGGAAGGUGAUUUGGAGCUGUUGACGAGCUAUCUGGAAGAAGCGGACCUGAUCAUGUCAAAGCACUCGACCCCGAGGUCGACUAGGAGCUUCAAGAUCUCAAGAGACCACUCGACCCCCAGGUCGAGUAGAAGAAAUCACCACUUCACCUCACCACUCGACCACGAGGUCGAGUGUCCUCAUCUCCAUCACCUGACCAUCACUCGAUCAAACCACUCGACCCCGUGGUCGAGUGUCUUCACCUUCAUUGCCAGACCACUACUCGAUCUCACCACUCUACCUUGA